AUGGUUUCACAUGAGGAAAUCAAAGCUAUCUUCGAGGCCGCUGAUGUCGACAAGUCAGGCAAACUGUCCACUCAUGAGGUGAAGAAGGUUUUAGAGAAUGAUGUUGGCUGUGAAUUGCCAGACGAUGCGGUGAAGCAAUUCCUGAGCCAACAUGACGCCGACGGUGAUCAGCAGUGGACGAUUGACGAGUUGGCCCAACUGUUCACUCCCACAAAUCAUUGA